AUGAUGGAUUCCAAUCUGCACAUUGAUCCAGCGACUUUCCGAUUUCCAGACCCGCCGCAAAGCAGCAUUGACGGAGACUCGCCGCAGCUGCAUCCAAAGCGCCAUUUCCCCAAGGGAUCCACGCGACUCCAGCCACGAAAUGCUGGCUUCAUUCACAACUUGGAGGCGACGAGGUUGAACAAACAGAUAUGCGAGGCGAGGAGGUUGAACAAACAGAUAUGCGAGGAGCUUGUCAAGGGUCCUCCAAGCGCGACUGGGGACGAUAAACCACCACCGGAGCAUCGCAAGCAUUCACUCAAGACAGUUUUCAGUUCGCGCUCUAAACGCAAGUCUUCGAAAGAGAAUAAGAUGCCAAUUGCGAUACACAGGACUUCAGAUGGUCGCAAGUAUGGACAGAUCCUUUCAAGACAAAUAUACGAUAGCAGUGGCAACGCAUCAACCUACCGGGUUAAUGAAAGCAGACGUCCUAUGGGCUCUCCUGCGAGUGAAGGCCAACGAAGGCAUCCCCCAGCUCCUUUGGAUCUCGUUGGGGAUGUCAAUUCGAUCGUUCAUCAAGUCAAUGCGACCCAGGAACCGGUACAUGAGCGUUCGGCCCACAGGAGCCUUGAAAGUGAAGAAGCUAAACAUCGAAUGUCACCUUACCAGACCGUUGGAUUUCCCGAUCCUACCUCCGAAAGUCUCGGAAACAGAGUUCUCAGGGACAGACUGACGAACGGAAACACCGCACCUGGACGAAACGGACCCAUCGAACCCAAGCCAUUGACCGAAGCAGCAACCGUGCAAUCGUCACCAAGAAAGAGCACCACUGAUGACUCUCUCGGUUUAUUGAGGGACCUUUCUCAGAUACUGUCCCAAGGCGAGACGACUACUUUGACUGUAGGUGCUUCUCAAGUCCCAGUACCAGAAGCUGAGUACCAGCCAAGAGUCCGCGACUUUGCCGCCAAUGGUCCGGCACCAUUUUCGCGUGUUCGCGCGGUCAUUCGGCGCAGAUCACGCAGUCCAGCCAAGGAAAUGGGCAAACAGACAGAAGCUCCAGUCGCGCCAGACGGAUCUUGGGAUGCCGUCACUUGUGAAGGUCAAUCAGCAAAACCACUGAAUCGGAGUCCCAGUCGCAUCAUCCUUCCCCCAAUGGUUUUCAGGGGACCUGCCAGACCUCUAACGCCACCGUUGCCCAUGACCCAAGAGCAGGUUCCAGGGACCAAGACAUCACCCGUCAUCAACUACCAUUCCAAGGCGCCUUCCGUUGUGUCCGCCGAAUCCACUGCAGAAGACAUCCAAUCAGAUGCCUCAUCCGGCGUUGUAUCUAAUGCCCAAAGCGCCGUCUUCGUCAAGGUACCACCUCAGCCCGGGCCUGCACCUCUCACGCCGUUGCCGUCUUUGCCUGAAGGGCUCGACAGCUUCGGCCCAGCGACACCGAGAGCCAGUCAUUCAAGCCGGAGGUUAGCAAGCCCAGAGACCUCGUCCCCGAAGGUACCACCGCAAAAGUCACCUACCAGAUCCCAAUACAAACUGUACCCUUCCGUGGACAGCAGCCCACUUAAAAGACCCGGUUCGCCGGUUAGGAUGAAUGCAGCGACUGAAACAGAGCAAGAGAUGUCUCAGCCGUCGCCGCCACUCCGCUCGAAGAGACGCGGCAUCUCGUUUCCGCGGUUGGAUCACUUGCCCACAAGCCUGAGCGUUGGCACACCAGACGAGCUAGAACAGCUGAAGAAAGAAGGAGCAGAGAAUACCCGAAAAAAGAAACAUCGAGACUUAGCUCGCAUGAGGUCUCACGAGGCAACGAUUGAAGCGGUCGAACCGGUCACUCGGAACACAGUGAACGAUCAGAGAUGCCAUGAAGGGGUCGCGGAGCUACCAAGUCCACGAGAUUCCUACAACUAUGCGCUCUUCGAACUUAAGCACAGAACACAGCACUCUCAAGUCAGCAAUCUGAGCGCGACGACGACACUCCAAUAUCGCGACAGCAGCACGCUUUCUCAAAGGCUCUCUCCGAUCAUCAUAGUCGCUGAGCAGAAACCCGUUUCCCCAGUCCAGCGAGCACCAUCCCAAAAGUCACACUUCGGCAGAAAUAGCAUGGACGAGCAUCCGCGGGGUUUCAAAACAAAUGGCUUCUAUCCUGUGCCGCCUCAUCUAGCGUCCCCGACUCUGCAGGGACCGGAGGACGAGAGCAAAGUACGCCCAGUGUCGUCCCAUUCGCUGCCGGUUCCGCGCCCUGUUGCUUCCCGGGUACCGACGCCCCACCUGUCUCCUCUCUUGCGAAGACGCUCGCAUCGCUCCUCAGAUCACUCCUUGAUCCAUGAAAUGAGCGGUCUCGAAGAGCGACUCUCCGCUAUGGAACGGAAGAACGCCAUGCUCGAGAGUGCAUUUCUGGCUGUGAUUAACACGUCUGCGGCUUGCGGUGGUAGUCGAGGACUGAAUGGAAUGGGAGGCACGAAUGGGGAUAGCUCCAUUGGUUUGUCGGGUAAGGACUGUGAUCGGUCAAGUGGGACGAGCGGGACGGGGAGCUUGUAUGCAGGGCUGGAGAAUCUUUUGGCACUACAUAGUGGCAAUGCGGGUGACAGGUGGAGCACUUCCAGCGGACCAUAG